AUGGCACCUGCCUUUGUCAUGUUGCCCGUGUGCCUCUUGGCCAUCGGGUCCAUGUCUCCUGGUGCUGAGGCCAAGGAACGUGCUGUCAGCGGGAACCGCCGCUUUCUUGCGAAGGCCCAGAGUGAAGGGCAGCAGUGUGGCAGCAGCGGCUCGGACGGUCACUUCUACGGCGACUGCUCCUCGGGACUCGAGUGUGUGGCUCCUGCCGCGGGCUCGCCGGCGGUGGGCGCGCCGAGCACUUGUCAGAAGGUGGGGCAGCAGGCGGGGCAGCAGUGCGGCAGCAGCGGCUCGGACGGCCACUUCUACGGCGACUGCUCUCCUGGACUCGCAUGCGUGCCGCCGGCCGAUGGCGACGCGAUGGUGGGCGCUCCCAGCAUCUGCCACAAGGUGUGCGGCAGCUUCGGGGCCGACGGGGACCAUGUCAACGGCACCUGCAGCGCGAGCCAGACGUGUUCUGGCAAGGCCGCCACGCCUUGCCGGGAGUGGGCUGGCGAGUGCUACAUGUACUGCGACGGCGCUGAUCGCCGACUUGCGCAGGGCGAAGGGCAGCAUGCGGCAGCAGCGGCUCGGACGGCCACUUCUACGGCGACUGCUCUCCUGGACUCGCAUGCGUGCCGCCGGCCGAUGGCGACGCGAUGGUGGGCGCUCCCAGCAUCUGCCACAAGGUGUGCGGCAGCUUCGGAGCCGACGGGGACCAUGUCAACGGCACCUGCAGCGCGAGCCAGACGUGUUCUGGCAAGGCGGCCACGCCUUGCCGGGAGUGGGCUGGCGAGUGCUACAUGUACUGCGACGGCGCUGAUCGCCGACUUGCGCAGGUGCGGCAGCAGCGGCUCGGACGGCCACUUCUACGGCGACUGCUCUCCUGGACUCGCAUGCGUGCCGCUGGCCGAUGGCGACGCGAUGGUGGGCGCUCCCAGCAUCUGCCACAAGGUGUGCGGCAGCUUCGGGGCCGACGGGCACCAUGUCAACGGCACCUGCAGCGCGAGCCAGACGUGUUCUGGCAAGGCCGCCACGCCUUGCCGGGAGUGGGCUGGCGAGUGCUACAUGUAUUGCAGUUAG